UGGCUGAAGUUGGUGAUCGUGGCGGUGCACGGUGCCUUUGUCGGUGUGGGGGUUGACUUCAUCUCAGCCUGUGACAUCCACUACUGUGCCCAGGAUGCCUGGUUCCGGAUGAAGGUGAAGGUGGGCCUCAGGCUGGCGGUCAACAUCAGGACCCUCCAGCGCCUCCCCAGGAUAGUUGGCAGCCAGAAGUUGGGAGUGGACGACACCGGGGAGGGUGAUGGCAGCAGAGGGGACCCGACGCUGUUUCCCAACAAGGUGAUGCUGCUGGAGGGAGCCCUUGAGGUGGCUGUGGCCAUUGCGGCUCAUAGCCCUGUCACUGUCCAGGACACCAAAGUCAACCUCAUCUACUCCCAUGACCACCGUGUGCCUGAGAGCCUCUGCUACA